GGUGUCUCACACCCCAUCCCACAACGUUUCCGCAGUGGGAGCUACAAAAGGUAGAGGAGGGGGGCUCUGUAAGACACACUGUUCAGCGUUUGCAUCUGCGCCACCAUGAUUGACACGUGCUGCAUCCUCUACGUCCUUCUGAUGGUCUCUCUCACUGGGGCUUCUGAGAGUGGCAUAAUAGGUGGUAAAGUUACAAAGCCUCAUUCUAGACCCUACAUGGCUUCACUCCAGUACCAAGGACGACAUUCAUGCGGUGGGAUCCUUAUUCGGGAGGACUUCGUUCUCACGGCAGCGCACUGCCAUUACCCGCAAACCAUGACAGUGGUACUUGGAGCACACAACAUAAGCAAGAAAGAGGACAGUCAGCAACAUCUCACAGUGGCCAAGUACUACAAACAUCCAAAAUACAAAAAAUUCGACUACGAUAUCAUGCUGCUGAAGUUGGAAAACAAUGCAACACUCAAUAAGUACGUGAAAACCAUCGGACUACCAAAGAAAAAUGGGAAAAUCCCAGCGAACAUCAAAUGUGUUGUUGCUGGUUGGGGUCAAACUGGACCCAAUGAGCCUGCCUCACAUGUUCUGAAGGAAGCCACGGAGAAAAUCCAGCUCAUCUUUGAAUGCAAAAAUAUCUGGAAAGAAUAUUUCAAUAGUGAACAUAUGAUAUGCACCACGUUUGACAAAAAAGGAGGGAUUUGCCAGGGUGAUUCUGGUGGACCAAUCCUCUGCAACAACAAGCCUCAAGGUUUAACAGCUUUCACCGUGGAAAACCAGUGUGAAAAUUCAAAGUUCCCCCAUGUCUUCACAAAACUCAAUUUCUUUGCAGCGUGGAUUGAAGAAAUGAUGAAUCAAUAAAAGCCAAGAAUUCUGCUUUUCCUGCACCAGCUUGUCUAGUGUUUAAUGACACGGAUCAGUAAAGUAUACUGUUUUUGCUUGUGAAAAAAAAAUUAUAUUAAAACACAUGUGAAAUAUAAA